CGGGACAUAGUUUGAGUUUCUCUUCAACCGGUCGAAUUUCCUGGCUUCAAACGUGAAUUAUCAGCGAAAUAAAGGAGAGAUGAGUCGAAGAGCAAGAACCACUGUCAAGGUGGACUACGUGGAUUUGAUUUCGGACGAAGACAGUCAUGAUGACAAUGAAGAAGAAUGGAAGCCACCUGAGACAAAGCCUGUCCCAAGUGCCUCAGCUGCAGGUGAUAAGAAACCCUCCAAGAGACCCUCCAAACCCAGAGUGCCUAAAAAUGAGAGUGCCAAGAGGGCCACAAAAGCCCCCAAAGCUGGGCUGAAGCAGGAAAAGCCUGAAAACAAAGUGAAUGUACAAGCCGCAGAUGUAGAACCAGAAUCAACAAUGGGUGGACCAAGUGUCAGGACAAAAGAGGAGAGGAAGUCAUUUACGGUCACAAAAUCAGAUAGAUGGGACCAGGAAGGCCCGUCAUUUGCCGGCUUGACCGCAAAGAAAGAAGAAGAGGACAACUUCGCCUUUGACGAGCCUGCACUGAAGAAACAAAAGACGGGCUGCCAGUCGUCUGUCCCAUCAAAAUCGUCUCAAGUGUUGGUGAAAGGAGAGCUCAAUAUGAACUGGGACCUGAUGGAGGUGCUUUCAACCCAGACGUGCGUGGUGCGCUGGGUGUGCGCCAAUGUUGUCACGUUGCUGCGCGAGGAGAACACUGUGCCCUUCAUGGUGCGCUACCGCAAGGAGAUGAUCAAUCACAUGGAUGCCGACGCUGUCCGGGAUGUCCAGCUGGUGUACGAAGAGCUAUGUGCUUUGGGAAAGAAGACCCAGUCUGUGGUUAACAGUCUGAAGAAAGACGGCAUUUUGACUGCUGAACUUGAAAAAAACCUGAGGAGCUGCCGGUCUGCUGAUGAACUGGAUCAUGUGUACACUCCUUUCAAGAAAGGAUGCAAGGUGACUAAAGUCCGCAAGGCAAAAGCGCUGGGCCUCGAGGCAGCCGCCACUGCCCUGAUGGAAGCGCCGCACACACUGGAUUUAAGGACAUGGGUUAAACCCGAAACAGAAGGUCUCUCGUCUGUCGAAGAGGUGUCAACAGGCGUGCUCCAUAUUCUGGCCUACAUGAUCGCCAAAGACCCCGACACCCUCACCUAUGUGAAAACAUUGUGUGAGAAUGACAACGUGACCCUCCACUCGUCUGUGACCAAGACCGCGAUCAAGGAGAAAGAGCAGGAGAAGUCGCAGCCGAGCGACAAGCCGGCUGCUCAGAAAAACAAAAAGCAGGAUGUCGACAAGUUCCACCUCUACUUCGACUUCACCAGCACCGUCCAGCGCAUCCAGCCUCAUCAGACGUUGGCCAUCAACCGAGGGGAGAGUCUGAAGAUUCUGACAGUGAAGGUGAACAUUCCUGACAGGGUGAAGAAGAUGUUCGCAUGGUGGUGUGUCAACAACAGGUGGAAACCAAAGACAUACACUCGGGAAGAGCAUCAAGCGCUCAUCAAGGAUUCAGUAGAGGACUCUUAUAAAAGGCUCAUUGUUCCCUUUCUCACCCGAAUGUACAGAACAAACCUUACCAAAACAGCUGAGAAGGAAUCAGUCGCCAUGUUUGUGCGAAACCUCCGACAGCGCUUGUUGGUGUGUCCAGUCCGGGGCUGUGCCAUGAUGGGGGUGGACCCCGGCUUCAGGCAUGGCUGCAAGCUGGCAAUCCUCUCCCCAACUGGUCAAAUCCUCCACACUGACGUUGUGUACCUGCACGGAUCCCGCAAUCAUAGAGAAGCGGAAAAACUGCGACACCUUAUGAUCAAAUACAGCUGCAGCAGGGUCAUCAUCGGCAAUGGGACGGCAUGUCGUGAGACAGAGUCCUUCUUCGCUGACCUCAUCGCCAAGUGCUAUUUUCAUCCCCUGGACGUGUCGUACUGUAUCACCAACGAGGCCGGAGCAUCUAUCUACAGCGUGAGCCCUGAGGCAGUUAAAGAGAUGCCCGAUUUGGACCCUAACCUCAGAAGUGCAGUGUCCAUUGGAAGACGGGUCCAGGAUCCAUUGGCCGAGCUUGUGAAGAUCGAUCCAAAACACAUAGGCAUUGGAACAUACCAGCAUGACGUUUCAUCCGGAGCUCUGAAGGCAGCUCUUGAUGGCGUGGUUCAGGAGUGCGUGAGCUUCGUCGGGGUCGACAUCAACAUCUGCUCAGAGACUCUGAUGAGGCACAUUGCAGGCUUAAAUACUGGCAGGGCACGCAGUAUUGCCGAGUGGAGAGAGCAGAACGGUCCCUUCUUCAACAGGGAGCAGCUCAAGCUGGUCAAAGGCAUGGGACCUAAGAGCUACCAGCAGUGCGCCGGCUUCAUCAGAAUCAACCAAACUAUCCAACGUGCCAAGUGUCCACCUCCUCCAGCAAUGCCACCUAAACCAGCUGCCAAGAAAGUCAAAGGAAAGGCCAAUGCUGCUGUACCAACACAUUUCAACCCUCUGGACCAGACCUGCAUCCACCCAGAGUCCUAUGAUGUGGCACAGAGGUUUCUUUUCCUCAUUGGUGGGAGUGCCAGCCAGAUCGGGAGUGAGCAUCUCAAACAGAGUGUGGACCGGAAAGUUGGCAGCAGCAGUAUCGACGAGCUAUCCAGAACAGUGGGCACCACACCGGAGACCCUCAAGCUCAUCAUCGAUGGCCUCACCCAGCCCCCUGGCUUUGACAUACGGCAAGAUUUUGGGCAGGAGGACUUUAAGCGGGGCAUUGUAUCCAUUCAGGACCUACAGGUGGGCACAGUCCUGACGGGCCGGGUGGAAAACACGUGUCUAUUUGGGGCUUUCGUUGACAUCGGCGUGGGCCGCUCAGGGCUCAUCCAUAAGAGCAAAAUUACAUUGGACAAAUUGCCCAUUAGCCAGCGCCGCCGCAGCCUGGCGUUAGGACCCGGGGAGAGGGUGGAGGUGCGGGUGUUAAACGUGGACGCUCAGAGGGGACGCAUUAGCCUGGACCUGAUUAGGGUGCUGCACUGACUUUAUGUACCUUUUUUAAAUCAGGUUUCCUGAAAGAGUUUGUUCCGCUAAUCAAUAAAAGAGACUCUUGUUUGAAUGCUCAUUGCGCUCUUCCACUUUUUCCUC